AUGGCGGCGCUGCACAGCUGGCGCAAGGCGUACGGCGCGCUGAAGGACACCACCACCCUCAGCCUCGCCAACCUCAACUCCGACUUCAAGGAUCUGGAUGUCGCGAUCGUGAGGGCCACCAACCACGUGGAGAGCCCGCCCAAGGAGCGCCACCUGCGCAAGAUUGUGGCGGCGACGUCCAUCGCGAGGCCACGGGCGGAUGUCGCCUACUGCAUCCAUGCGCUUGCCCGGCGACUCGCCAAAACCAGGAACUGGAUUGUUGCUCUGAAGACACUUGUAGUGAUCCAUAGGCUUCUUCGGGAAGGUGAUCCUGCAUUCUGCGAAGAGUUUCUAACAUUUACUCAGAGAGUGCGGAUUUUGCAGCUAUCAAACUUCAAGGAUGAUUCCAGCUCAGUUGCUUGGGAUUAUUCUUCAUGGGUUCGCACAUACGGUUUAUUUUUGGAGGAAAAACUAGAAUGCUUCAGGGUCUUGAAGUAUGACAUUGAAGCUGAGCGUUUAUCAAAGCAAGGUCAAGGACCUGAAAAGGGCCACAGUAGAACUAGGGAAUUGAAUUCUCAGGACUUGCUGGAGCAAUUGCCAGCACUGCAGCAAUUGUUAUAUCGACUUAUUGGCUGUCGGGCAGAAGGAGCUGCAAAUAACAAUUAUUUGGUGCAAUAUGCUCUAGCCCAGGUUCUUAAAGAAAGCUUCAAAAUUUAUUGUGCAAUAAAUGAUGGAAUUAUCAACCUUGUUGACAAGUUCUUUGAGAUGCCAAAGCAUGAAGCACUAAAAGCCCUUGACAUUUACAGGAGGGCUGGCCAGCAGGCUGGAAACCUAUCUGACUUCUAUGAAAGUUGUCGGGGUUUAGAGCUCGCAAGAAAUUUCCAGUUUCCCACUUUGAGGGAGCCACCACAAACAUUCCUUUCAACCAUGGAGGAGUAUGUGAAGGAGGCUCCACGUAUGAUGCCAGUUAUAGAGCCACUGGAGCUUCCUCAGCGGCUUCUUCUGACGUACAAACCAGAAGAAGAAGAAGAAGAAGUUCGUGAGCCUGUUCCUAUUGUAGAGGAGAAACUCCAAGUUGUUGAAGAACCUGCUCCAGUUCCUUCUUCCCAAAUAGCUUCUCCUCCCAAGCCUGAGAUUGCAGAUACUGGUGAUUUACUGGGGUUAGGUGAUUCAACCCCUACUGUGCCGGCAAUAGAGGAGAGCAACGCUUUGGCCUUAGCAAUUCUUCCGACAGGUGUUGAUAAUUCAACAACAACUACACAGCAAGAUAGAGGAUUUGAUCCAACAGGAUGGGAACUUGCUCUUGUUACUACAAGCAGCAACAUGACUCCACUGUCUAUGGAGAGUAAUUUGGGUGGUGGAUUUGACAAGCUCACAUUGGACAGCCUAUACGAUGAUGGAACCUACAGGCAGAUGCAGCAACAACAGCUAUACGGCUCAGCCCCUCCCAAUCCCUUCAUGGCAAGCGAUCCGUUCGCCGUGUCAAAUCAAGUAGCUCCCCCACCGUCAGUUCAAAUGGCAGCCAUGGCUUCACAGCCCCAGCAUUUGCCCAUGAUGAUUGAAGCAAAUCCCUUCGGACCACAGCAGCAUCACGCGUGCAUCGCUCCUGCAGCAAACCCCUUCCUCGACGCCGGGUUCGGUGCGUUCCCGGCAGUAAAUGGAAUGCAUCCACAGACCAACCCCUUCGGAGGCGCCGCACAACUUCUCUAG